AUGAAUCUGGUAUCGUUUGCGCACUACUUCAUUGACCAGCUGUCCGCUUCUGAAUAUGAGACCUUGAAAUCCAUUGCGGGAGGACUACAUGAGAGCACAAUUCCAAUUGGCAGUACCUGCUCUGGACUCGGGACAUUCAGCCUUUGCGUGAAAGCUUUGUUUGAAGCCAUCUCCCAAAGAUUUGGUGUGAAGAUCAAUAUCUCAGCAGAGUUUGCUGUAGAAAUUGAUCCACGGAAGCAACAGUUCCUACUUUCAGCCCUAGGAGGUUCUUUGAGGCACCUCUUCGCCGACGUUGGUUGCUUCGGGGACAAGGAGGCAUUUUGCAUCAAAGAGCAGCGAAUGGUUCCAAUUCCAUCAUGUUUUCUGCUGGCUUCUAGCCCAUCAUGUGUGAAUCUGUCGGGGCAGAGAACAGACCGCCCAACCUACGCCUCAUGUUACGAGGAGGAAGACAACCAAUCAAGUUCCAAAUCUGGGGAAACUUACAAAUUGGGUUACAAAAAAGCCAUUCAGACAACCCAAGCCAAAGUGUCCAUCUAUGAGAAUGUCAGGGAUGCUGCCCACUGCCUGAAAGAUCAAGAUGGUAACCCUCAAAAAGCUGCAACUACAGUCAUCACAGAAGACCUUCGUGAUUUCGACCAUACGUUUGAAUUCUCGAAACUGGAUACCCAAAAUUUCCUGUUGCCUCAGCGGAGGGAGCGUGUCUGGGGAUCAAGUUGUGUGGGGGAGGAUGAGGUGCAGUAUCCACUACGAAUGAAGAUGACAAUGCAACGCUUUCAAUCCAGAACUAGAUUUCCUCUUAGUUCCAUUUUGGAAGAUGGCUUACCAACACAAGAACUUUCUGGGCAACGUGUUCAACAGCAGGCCAAAGCCGUUCAGAAGCUUUGCAAAGAGCAAAACUUGAGCUUGGCAGAGGCAACGUUUGACCUCUCCACCAGCGCGAGCCGAACACCGGAGUGGGCCUGGAACCAACUGACUUGUGUGAGGCCAACACACCAAAUCUGGAACUUUGGAAAGAAUCGGCGCAUUACACCUUCUGAGAUGUUGAAAUCCCAUGGGGUGUUUCCUGAUGAUUUUCCUCAUGGGGAAUACCUGAAGAACAUGGAUCCCACUUUGGCUCAUGAUUUUGCAGGGAAUGCAUUUUCAACCACCGUGGUCAUUGCGAAGGUCCUAGCUACCAUCGUGAACGGCAACCCCUGGGAGGAACUUGCAAAGAAGGGCAACUAUAUUCCAUCUACUGUUCGGGCGGGGCUGUUGGAAGAGUGUCUUGCCUCUGCGUCUGCUGCAUCUUUGCCGCUACCGUCCAGAACCAGGAAACGCAAAGCUGGAGACCAAGGAGGGCAGGGUGCAGAGAAAAAAAAGAAAGAUAUUCCUGAUCCCUCUGGGGACCCUCAAAUCUGUCCAGCUCCGAAAAAAGCAGCCAAAAGGGGCGACAACAAGAAAGGCGACGUUUUGACCAUGAAGAAAAAGCUUGAUAUCCUCAUCGAGUUUGACAAGCUGAAGCACUCAUGCAAGUUUCCCGAGAAGGACACUGCUGUGUGGCUGCUGAAGAAAAAGCACCCAGGCUAUUACCAGGGGGCUGCAUCCAAGUGGCAGAAAAGUCGAGAGAAAUACAAAUGGGAUGUUGUUGCAAAAAUCUGCCCGAAAAUUGCAGAAUCUCAUGAUGAGCUUCCAAAUUGGUUGAAACAUCGCCUAGAUGUUGAAGGGCCCAAGGGUCCUUCUCAUACCAAGAUCACAAAAGAUGUGUUCGAUGUUGUGGACAAGUAUUUGGAAGAGGCAACCAAUGAAGGGCAGGAGAUGAACAUGAACAGCGUUGAAGCAUUGUUGUCCGAUGCAAUUGAUGCUUACAAUGGGGAAGUAGGAAAAUGGCGAGCAGCCCGAACAGAGGCAGACCUACACGCAGUGAACACAAUGAUGGAGAAUGGUGGUUCUCAGGAAGAUAUCAACAAACUGGUUCAAGAACAAGACGCUCGCAAAGCUGCAUGGCCUCACCCCAUCAAACUUGGAGAUACACCACGAGCUUUGAACCAGCUUGCAUUGACAUUUGCUUCGAAGUAUGGCUUCUCUUCUUUCCAUCAGGACAAGCCCAUGAAACACUUGAGACGGGACCACCCACAUGUACAACAUGUGAUGGACUUCAUCCUGAUGAAUGUCAAGACACACCAGGUACACGAAAAAUUGCUAUGCAACUUUGAUCAAGUCUGGUCAUGCUUGUUUGAACCUAUGCGGCGUACCCUGUGGAAAACCAAUCCUGGUGAGGGGGCCAAGGAUGAUCUCACCAAAUACCCAAAUCGUCAGAUUUUGAGAGCUGCUAUGCAGAAACAUUUUGGGGAGACUGUCCAGGAACCAAUUCAUGUGAAAAACCAGAAGUGGCAAGCAAAGCUGGCUGACAUUCGCGGCUACGGAGGAGUCAACACGAUCUUCGCCUGGAGGACACCGCGGACAACGACUACGGUCAGUUGGGUAACUGGUGAGGUCGGCUUUGCCUUUGUCACUGUACCAGAAUCCGAAAUCAAUCAUCAAGAAAUUCAGCAGCUGAAUGAUGAGUUCAAAGGCCAGCUUGUGGUUCAAAGCACUGGGACAGAUAGUCACAUGUGGAAUGGUGCAACCACUGUGGCCUUCCUCGACCAGAUGACCAUUGAACUGAGACGCCGCCGAGCUGCCUUAGGCUUCACUGAUACUUCGGCCAGAGCCCUGAUUGUCUGCGAUCGCUGCACCAGCCAUUUGUCAAGGACCUACUUGGACUUGAGGAAACAAUGGGCAAAAGAACAGAAUGUGCUCUUGGUGGGUUGUGAUCCUGACUCUGACAUACAGGUGCCUGGAGGCUGGGGCCUGUCAUGCAGCCCAAAUGAUGGCUGGCAUUCUCAUUUCCAUCUUCUCCGAAUGACUUUCAUGAGGUCUACUUUGGGGAUGCCUGCAAAUCCUUUGUACCGGGAGGAGCUCAAGAAUUUGGAGAUGUCAACGGCUGGAACUCAGCCAAGUCUGACUUGCCCUUUGAAGACUUCUUUGCAAGCUGAUGCAUGGGCAUUAUCCCAGAUAUCGACCUACAAAGGUGGCAAGAUCAUUACAUGGGCCUGGGUUAGCCGAGGCUAUCUUAGCCCCGAAACCGCCGCAGAGUGGCACUUUGGAGGAGAUCUUGACGCCUUCGAGAAGCACAUGAGGAAAGUUCGAGGAGGCUACCGAGAUCUUGUCAAUCUGCAUGAGAUUCCGCCCUUGGAUUCCAGUGCCUACCGCCUCGCAUGGGAAAAAGCAUCAGUGCCUCUCAAGGGUGAAUUGGUCCAUUGCUGGUAUGUGAAGACUGAGAGUGCCACACCUUUGCAAUUACCCAGGUAUUGGAACACACCUCUAGACCUUUCCAUGGCUGGUUGGAUGGCAUUGAGAAAAAAAUGGGAUGGGGCCAUUGCCAAAAGAGCGAAGAUGGGCAGGGCGCUCACCCCUGCUGCAGCCAAGGCAUACAAAUCAUUUUUGGAUUCCCCAUACAGGAAGGUUGUGUUUGACUUGAAGAACAAGGUCCAUGUCCCUCGCCCAUCUGCAGUGGGGGCUACUUCUCUGAAGGAAUGUCUUGUGGCGGAGUUGAAAAUGCACAUCGACCCGGCACACUUGUCGCUUCGCUUUGGGGAUGGCCCCUUUUAUCAUUUGAUGGUUCGCCAGUUUGAGGUCACUGAGGCAAGGAACGGGAAUGCUACCUAG